CAUGCUUCAGUGAACCUUCUUUGAGUAAUCUUGGAGCAAAAUGCAACCUUAGGGAGACGGAAUUGUUAAAAGAUAAUUUAAUAUGAACACAUGAAGCCCCUCGGUAAUGAUUAUAAAGUUUAUUUAGAUAACACUUUCCUUACAGAUUCAACAGUUUUUAACCAGGAAAUCGCAAAUAACGGAAGAAUUAAGCCAAAGAGAAUGAGCACAGAGGAAAUAAAAACAGCCAAAUGAAUAAGAUCAAAUAAAUAGGAGUAAAAGAGUAUUAAAAAAAACAGAUUUCAUGUAGGGAUGUCCGAUAAUAUUGGCCCGAUAUUGGCAUAAAAAUGUAAUAUCCGUCAAUAUCGUUAUCGUUUUUUUGUCUAUCAUGACAACCGAUAAAAUAAUGAUUGGAUUUCAUGAAGCAACUAACAAUGUGUCUGCAUCUAAAAUUAGUUAAAUAGCCCGCAUAUAUAGGUUAAUAUCGGAAUUGGAAAUUGAGGGUUGAACAAUAUCGGCAUAUCGGUUUUUGACAAAAAAGCCAAUAUCGGACAUCCCUAAUGUCAAGGAUUUCUUUCCUUUCAUGAAAAGAAAAUGUUUAAGAAGAGAUUUUAAAGAAGCUGGAGGCUUAAUUAGUGUGUAUAAAAUAUAUUUCUUGAAUUUCCCUCUGUAAAUUUUGAGUCUAUAAAACUGUGGAAAGUGCUUUAAAACAGUUCCCCAGGCCCUUGUAGUCUUUUAAAAUGCAAUGACUGAAUCCCAUAGCUUGUCCUCAUUAAGUUAUUAUAACGUCAUUUUACAUUUUCACCACUGGAUGGAGCAAUUUGUCUGUUUUCUAAUUCAUUAGAUUGAAGUGUGGAAGCUCCUUCUCUUUAAAAAGCUAAGUAACUCCCGCUGAAGCUGAAGGUGUUUUGUGUGUUCGGUGUUCUUCCAGAUGUGUGUUUAUGUCUGUCUGAGUGUGCUGAGUGCUGCGUCCUCCCUUACAGAGAUCCUUUUACUUCUGUAAACACAGUUCUCCGGUCGGCUUUUUUGCCUCAAUAAGGCAGUGCUUGCUCACUUUUUUUGCCUCUGGUUAACCCUUUAUCCCCCACCUAAAACGAUUUAUCCGGAGCGCUCGCUAAAUAAAGACGUAACCACGGGAGAGUUGGGAUUCCAGAAGUUUAUGUGAGGAUAUGCCCAAUAAAUUUUCACAUGACAUCAUCCAGCAACAAAGAGGAGGAGAGACGGCUUGAAGGUGACAGAGAUGGAUGGAACCGAGACCUGACGUGGUUCUCCCUUCUCCUCCUCCUCCAUCCCUUUUUGGGUGGUUCAUGUAAGCAAACUCCAGUCUCUCUCCAAACAUGUGUCCUCUGGAAGCACAGCGGUGUGAGGUGUGAUGUCAGGCUCAGCUCUCAGCAGCUUCCAGACCACUUCCAAGGAGGAUCAAGAAGAGAAGAAGAAGAAAAGAGAACCACCAAACACAUCAGUCUGCAUCCUGAGAGCAGGAUUUAAUCGACAUGGAGUCAAAAAGUGAAGGUGGAGCGUCGUUGACCAGCGAAGAACUGGCAGCUAUAGAUGAUGAAGAAAUUCUCAAUACGAUGCUUGACAAAGCAACAGACUUUGAAGAGAGGCGCCUGAUUCGUGCUGCGUUAAGGGACCUGCUCAAAAAAAAGAGAGAUAAACGAGAGCAGGAGCGAGGGUCGAGGCAGCAGGACUUAAAGCAGCAGGGUCUGAGCAAAGGAGGAGCACCAGGAGCCGUUAGCGUCGGCAGAGCAUCCAUGAACCAGCAGCCGGCAGCAAACAAAGCAGCAGGCCAGCCCUCUCCUUCAGCCUCCAGCUCCUUCAACAGGACAGCAGGCAGCAAGGCCAGUCCCACUGCAGCACCCAACGCUAAAAAUGUCAAACAGAUGCUUCUGGACUGGUGCCGGGCCAAAACAGAGCCUUAUGAGGGCGUGGACAUCCAGAACUUCUCCUCCAGUUGGAAAGAUGGCAUCGCCUUUUGUGCCCUGGUGCACCGAUUCUUCCCCGAUGCGUUCGAGUACUCCAUCCUCAACCCCAACGCGCACAAGGAAAACUUCCAGCUGGCUUUCAGCACCGCAGAGAGGCUGGCUGGCUGCCCCGCUCUGCUGGACCCCGAGGACUUGGUCCGGAUGAAAGAACCCGACUGGAAGUGCGUGUACACCUACAUCCAGGAGUUCUACCGCUGCCUGGUGGAGAAAGGCCUGGUCAAAACCAAGAAGAGACCGUAGACUCCAUCAGGAUUGGCCACUGAUCAAGUGUAAUCUAAGUCACAAAUCAUGGGCCAGAGUCUAAGGCUUGACCGUGUUCAAAUGUUAACCCCUUGAUGCCUGUUGUCGCGAAUUCGCAACAUACCACUUUCAUUCAGACUGCAGCCGAGACAGCGUAUCCUUUCCCCCAAUGCUGGUUUGUGCAUAUUCAGUACGUACCUGGGAACCUUUUGCAAACAUUGGUUUCUGGUAGGACCAGUUGGAGUGGGACCUCAUUACUAUAUAUCUGUUAUUAUUUUUGUAUAGCUGUUCUAUGUGUAAUGGAUAAAUUAACAAUCUACACUUAUUUAGCAUCAGCUGGACAGCAAAAACACACAGAAAUGUUUUUUUAUUUAAUUGUAAAUAAUUUCAGGCGUCAAAGGGUUAACAAUCUUUAAAAAAAAGUAUUUAAGAGAAGUCGGCAUUUGGAGGCAGCAGGAUUUAUUGUCAGCAAAAAUCCAGGAGUAGUUCUUGCCAUUGAUUAACUCCCCAAGAAAAAACAGAGAUGCUGAGAUGUGAGUCCUCUUUCAUGCUGUGAGAGCUGGUCGUUUUUCCACCCCUAUAGGGCAGUUUUGACACUGUUGUAUUUUUCUAAAUCUACUGGUCAGAUCAUGAUGUCAUCUUAUCCUAUUCACCCCUAGAUCUCACUUUACAGAGGACAUUAGGUUGUCUUUAGGUCAUCUUUUACAGAGAACAUUCCCAGAUAUGUUCAGACUUUGACUUAAGAAAAGUUAUAUUGCUUUAAGUUUACACCAUUAUGUUUUAAAUACUCCACAUAUCAUUUUCUACCAAGCAUGCAUCUUCACACAAAAGUUAGGGGUUAUACUUUGUGAUCUUCCAGCUGUCAACCAAACCAUACCAUCAAACAUCAGUCCUUACUUGAAUGUUCAUCAUUUUGUAUUUUAUACAUAUGUUUUAACCCUCCUGUUGUCCUCAUUUAUGGGCACAAAAAAAUUGUGUCCCUGUCUAAAAAAAAUCCAAAAUUUCAGCAAAAAAACUCUCAAAUUUCAGAAAAUUUGCAAAACCUUCAGAAAGAAAAUUCUAAUAAUUCCUUAAAAGUUUCCCUUAAAAAUUUUAUUCAGAAAAAUCCCACAAAUUUGGCAAAAAAUUCUUGUAACUAUUUUCCAAAAAAAUGAGUCAAAAUCUUCCAAAAAAUGAGUAAAAAUAUCUAAAGUGGCUCCAUAUAUAUCAGUAAAACUUCUAAUGUUUUCUUAAGAACAUUCAACUAAAAAUCAACCAAAAUCCAGUGAAAUUCGUUCUUAAGGAACAUUUUUAACAUUUAUUUUUUCCACCAAAAAAUGUUCAAAAAUUUCCCAAAAAUGUUGAAAAUGUGGACAUCAGAAGAUUCACUGUGAAAAUAUAUAUUUUUUCCCACAUUUUCAAAUUUUAAAACGGGUCAGUUUGACCUGCAGGACUACAGGACGGUUAAUUCUAGUCUUUAGUCUAAUAGCAUUUGCCAUAAUUACAUCAUCUUUUACUUUUAGCUCAUCGUACCCAUAAAAUAUUACACUGCACCAUGAUUUCCAUGUUUUUCUAUUACAUUGCUACAUGCUGAUGUAAAAAAGAUAAUGUGCAGCUUUUUUAAAAAUAUAUAUCCUGCCUUUGAUCUAUUUGCUGGAUCUGGCUGGUGAAUGUAAAUCCUCUGUGCCUAAUGUGCAGUGUCUGUAUCGGUCUGUGUGUUAGCAGGGACUUACGGGUGUCUAUGUGGUCUCAGUGGACAGCUGGUGCUGAACACCAGAACAUGCCACUGAGAUUACACAUCUGUAUUAACAUCUGUAUUAAUCCCAGUCAGAGCCGCAGAGAAUCUGGGAACGACUUUUAUGAUGAUGCUGUUGAAGGCCUGAGAGUGUGAGUAUUACAGAUCCAUUCAAUAAAUAUCCAUUUUAUCAUA